AUGGAUUCGAUGGGUAUGCACAGUGCUGCUCUUCCUAGGCCUCCGAGGCCAUUCACUGGUAUCUUUACUCUCGUCUCAUCAUUCAAGAAAAGACUUGCAAAGUCACUCAAACUUGAAAACUGCACUCCCGAGGAGAUUGAUAUCCUCUUUAGGCACUAUGCCAUGUUCUGCCGAACGUUGCCUUACAUGCAGGCACCGGGCCGCGGAACGUCUGAGAAGGAGAUUCGUCAGGGGUUGUUUCGGACCAAAUAG